AUGUCAUCAAAAUCUCUGCGACGUCCGAAAUGGUUCAUCAAAUUGAAGAAACAUCUUCUACUCUAUGUGACAAUUAUUUCUGUUUUCACCGGGAUUUGCUUGGGACUUUUGUUAAGGCUAGCCGAUCCAUCAAAAGAUCUCAUCCGAUAUAUCGGUUUCCCGGGCGAGAUUUUCCUGAACACAUUGAAGUGUAUCAUUUUGCCGUUGAUUGCGGCGAGUCUCAUCUCUGGAAUUUCCCAACUCGACGCGAAAAGCUCGGGUAAAAUCGGUUCGCGUGCCUUCGUUUACUAUGGAAUCUCCCUCUCACACGCUGUGAUUUUAGGUAUGAUUCUCGUUUUGGUCAUUCAUCCGGGUGAUCCAAAAGUGAAAGAGAAAACGAUGAAAAGUGGAGGGGAACAAGUGCAAAAGAGGGCACCGGCACAGGAAAAAGUCUUGGAUUUGUUGAGAAACAUGUUUCCGGAUAACAUUGUGCAAGCGACUUUCCAGCAGAAACAAACAAAAUAUGUGACUCUUACAAAAAUAUCAAAUGGAACCGAAAUAUCUGAAGAUGUUUUAAAAGUACAAUCGGUUAACGGGAUGAAUGUCUUGGGUGUAAUCCUUUUCUGUAUCUGUGUCGGCGUGUGCAUUUCCGUCGUCGGACCGCAAGCCUUUCCGCUCAGGGAUCUCUUCAUCGCCAUCGAUCUCGUCAUCCACAAAAUGGUCAAAUUGAUUAUGUGGUUUGGCCCGAUCGGAAUCAGUUCGAUCGUUUGCUCAAAAAUCCUCGAAGUGACCGAUUUGGUGGGAACGGUUAGAACACUCUCAUUCUUCAUUCUCACCGUUGUUAUAGGUCUUUUACUUCAAGUUUUGAUCACUUUACCGAUGAUCUAUUAUUUGGUUUCACGGAAGAAUCCGUACGUGUUUUUACGCGGACUCGGCCAGGCGUUGAUCACCGGAAUCGGGACUGGAUCGAGUGCUGCCACAAUGCCGUGCACUUUCGGGUGUUUAGAUCGUUUGGGUGUUGAUCCGAGAGUUUCGAAAUUUGUACUUCCCGUUGGCACGAAUGUAAAUAUGGAUGGAACAGCUUUAUACGAGGCGGUAGCGGCUGUUUUCAUCGCCCAGAUCAACGGGGUUCAUAUGGGGAUCGGCGAGGUGGCCACUGUGGCAAUCACCGCCACUUUGGCGUCAAUCGGUGCAGCGGCAGUUCCAUCGGGUGGUCUUGUCACUCUCAUUUUGGUCGUUUCCUCACUCGGUCUUCCCACUUCUGAUGUGGGACUCGUGAUGGCGGUUGAUUGGUUGAUGGGUCGCCUACGAUGCACCACGAAUAUUAUCGGUGACGCAUUUGCGUGCGGAGUGGUCGAUGCAUUGGUCAAAGAUUCACUUCCACCACAACAAUCCGGGAGUCAAGAAUCGGAAACAAAAUCGGAAACAAAUGGAUCUCUGAAGACAAAAGAACAAAGAAUAGACGUAGAA